AUGCCUCUCUCAUACAACGUCACUCUCAAGCCCGACGCCUCUGCGGACAAACUCGAAGCUGCCAAGGAGGAAGCUAUUGGCAAGGGUGGUACCAUCAAGCAUGAGUACAGUCUGAUCAAGGGCUUCGUGUAUGCCUCCCUUAUGAUUCCUUUUUCCGGCGACUUUGCCCUCGAUGUAUUUUUACUCCAUCUCGUGGGAUCUCGUAUUGACAUUUCAUCUCCCUCUAGCGUCGAGUUCCCUGAUGAUCACGUCGACACUCUCGAGUCCAACGACCACGUCCACGUCGAAAGGGAUGCAGAGGUGAAGACUCAGUAA